AUGUAUGCUGUGACUGUUAGUGAUGAUGGUGACUGUUACCGGUGCUUUCCGCCCAACCCGGGCAUUGGUACUGCUGUGUCAGGUGCCAGUGAGGCUGCUGCUCUAGGUGCCAGUGCGUCUGUGCUCUCAGGUGCUAGUGAGUCUGCCCUCUCAGGUACUGUGUCGGCUUCUGCCUCCCACACCUUCACCCUUGACUCUAGGGCGUCUCGCUCCUUCUUUCGGGACCGCACCACUCUCACGCCGCUUAGUCGGCCGGUUGCGGUGUCCCUGGCUGACCCCUCUGGGGGUCCUGUCCUGUCUUGUUUCUCCACAGUCCUCCCGUGUCCGGCGGCUCCCUCUGGCACCCUGACUGGUCUUUACCUCCCCUCGUUCUCUACGAACCUGGUGAGUGGUGCUGACCUACAGGAUGUGGGGGUCCACCAGUUCACUCCUGCUCGUCAGCGGGUGACACACUGCACAGAGGCUAGCACAGGUCGCCACCUAGCCACGUUUAGACGUCAGCCAGGGUCGAGCGUGUACACACUGACCACUUCUUCUCCUCCCGGUGCUGAGUCUGGUAGAGUCCCUUCGUCUGGUCAGGUGUUUGCCGCAGCGUCCAGAGGCAUGGCCUCCCGUCUUCUUGUGUCUGGUCUCCCCCGGUCCCUCCCUCCCCUUCCUCAGGGCCCUGGCCCUGCCUGUGUCCCCUGUGUCGAGGGGCGCCAGCGUGCUGCCCCUCACUCCUCCCAGUUUCCUCCGACAGAGGCUCCGUUGCAGACACUUCACAUGGACGUAUGGGGCCCUGCCCGCGUCCGUGGACUCGGUCACGAGCGCUACUUCCUGUUGGUGGUUGACGACUACUCGCGUUACACCACAGUCUUCCCCUUGCGCAGCAAGGGUGAUGUCACUGAGGUGCUGAUCGACUGGAUCCGCGCAGCUUGUCUCCAGCUCAGGCAGAGCUUUGGCUCGGACUUUCCUGUGUUGCGUCUGCACUCGGACAGAGGCGGAGAGUUCUCCUCUGGCCUUCUGCGUGCCUUCUGUAGUGCGCGAGGCAUCCGCCAGACCUUCACGCUUACGGACUCACCGCAGCAAAAUGGGAUUGCAGAGCGCCGCAUUGGCAUGGUCAUGGACGUCGCUCGUACGUCUAUGAUGCAUGCGGCUGCCCCCCAUUUUCUGUGGCCGUUUGCGAUCAGGUACGCGGCGCAUCAGAUCAACCUCCACCCCAGGGUCUCCAGGUCGGAGACCUCCCCAGCCCUGCUGUGGACGGGGAAGGUUGGCGAUGCGUCGGCGUUCCGGGUCUGGGGAUCUCGGGCGUUUGUCCGCGACUUGUCUGCGGACAAGCUGUCCCCUCGCGCUGCUCCCUGCGUCUUCCUGGGGUUCCCCCCCGACGCCCCUGGGUGGCAGUUCUACCACCCCACCUCUCGACGUGUUCUGUCCUCCCAGGACGUCACGUUCGAUGAGUCGGUUCCCUACUACCGCCUCUUCCCCUACCGCACUCCUUCCCUUCCCCCGCCCCCGCUCUUCUUGGUACCAGGUCCCCCCCUGGUAGACCCCCUCCCCCCUCAGGGUCCUGCCCCUUCAGGUGUGUCCCAGGUAGACGCGGUCGAGCCUGUUGAUGUCACUGGUGACUCUGGUGCUGCUGCGGGAGCUGAGCCUGGGGGUGCUGAGCCUGGGGGUGCGGAGUCUGGGGGUGCUGAGCCUGGGGGUGCUGAGCCAGGGGGUACUGAGUCUGGGGGUGCUAAGCCUGGGGGUGCUGAGUCUGGGGGUGCUGAGCCUGGGGGUCCUGAGCCUGGGGGUGCUGAGACUGGGGGUGCUGAGCCUGGAGGUGCUGAGCCUGGGGGUGCUGAGACUGGGGGUUCUCCGCCUCGAGGUGUUUUGCGUGAGGGUGCUGAGCCUGGAGGUUCUCCGCCUGGAGGUGCUUCGUCUCGCCGAGAGCCACUCUCCCCACAGGAGCUGCAUGAGUGGUUUGCCCGGCGCUGGAGGCGUGCUGCUGGUGCUGGAGGUUCUUCGGCUGCAGAGGGUGCUGCUGCCGCGCGUCCCGGAGGUGCUCGUGCUGUGGGUGCUGGAGCUGCUGGGCCUGAGGGUUCUCCUGCAGCUGGUACUGCUGAGGGUGUUGGCGCUGAGACUACUGCUGGCGGUCCGACUGGCAGUGCUCCUGGUGCUGCUGGGGGUGCUGGAGGUGCUGCUGGAGGUGCUGCUGGAGCGGGUACUCCUGCUGGGGGUACUGGUGCUGUCCCUGCUGUUUCUGGCGUUGCCACGCGGCCCCGACCGUACUUCGUUCCGCUCCUGCAGCAGGUUCUUGGUCUUACACCUUCGCCUGGUCCUCCUCCUCCUCCCUUAGAGGGUCCACAGCCAGUCCCGUCACAGUCACAGCUACAGCCUGCCUCCCCUUUGCCUGCUCCUUCUCCCUACGCCGGUCUGACUGGAGGUCUUACUGAGCGUCGUGAGCCUGCGUCUCGUCCUGCGUCGCCUGUUCGCACUGCACGCACUAGUGGUCGCGGUUCGCGUCAGCGUCCUCCUCCUGUCCCUGGCACGCACCGGAUGUCUCUGCGUCCGUCCACUUCUCCUCUGCGUGCCCCUUUGCCUUCUCCUCCUGCUUCCUCUCUUCCUGCUCUUGCCGACCCGGAGUCGGACUCUCUUCGUGCUGCCAGUCCCACUGUCACGCAUCUCCUUGCUACUGCUGUCACUGACCCUUCCUUCGAGUCUUCUGCUGCGUCUGCCCUUGUCACUGAGCUUGUCGACUUUGCUGCGCGCUGUCGUCUAGACUACGCUGCUAGUCUUGUCGCUGAGUCUGAGUCUGCCUGUCCUCCGUCCGUCGGGGGUGAGUGUGCCCUAGGCACGGACGUCCUUGAGGACAGGCAGGAGGAGUUCCAGUGUCUGGCCGCCGCUUCACCUCAUCUCGCGUCUGUACUGCUCGCCCCUGAGGGAGACCCGGAUGCACUAGACAUCCCGACUCCGCGCUCUUACGCGGAGGCGAUAGAGGGUCCCUACUCCUCUCAGUGGCAGGCAGCUAUGGAUGCAGAGAUGGCUUCCUGGAAGUCCACAGGCACCUACGUUGAUGCUGUUCCCCCUCCUUGGGCGAACAUCGUCAGUGGCAUGUGGAUCUUCAGGGUGAAGCGGCCGCCGGGCUCUCCGCCUGUCUUCAAGGCGCGUUACGUUGCUCGUGGCUUCAGUCAGCGGCAGGGAGUUGACUACUUUCAGACCUUCUCCCCCACCCCGAAGAUGACCACUCUUCGGGUACUGCUGCACGUUGCUGCUCACCGCGACUACGAGCUGCACUCUCUCGACUUCAGGACAGCUUUCUUGCAGGGCAGCCUGCACGAGGAGAUCUGGCUGCGUCGCCCACCUGGCUUCACUGGGUCUUUCCCUCCUGGUACCCAGUGGAGUCUUCGGCGUCCAGUCUACGGUCUCCGCCAGGCGCCACGUGAGUGGCACGACACACUGAGGACUACGCUUGCGGCACUUGGGUUUGCUCCUUCUACUGCCGACCCGUCGCUGUUUCUGCGCACCGACACCUCUCUGCCGCCGUUCUACAUCCUCGUGUACGUCGACGACUUGGUCUUUGCCACAGCGGACACUGCUGGACUCGCCUACGUGAAGUCCGAGCUGCUGAAGAGACACACGUGCACUGACCUGGGUGAACUGCGCAGCUACCUUGGCUUGCAGAUCACCCGGGACAGAGCACGCCGCACCAUUACCCUGACUCAGUCACACAUGGUGCAGCAGGUCCUUCAGCGCUUCGGCUUCACGUACUCCUCGCCUCAGGCCACUCCUCUGCCUACUCGCCACUCGCUCUCAGCUUUGCCUUCGGAUGAGUCCGUAGAGUCGAGUGGCCCGUAUGCAGAGCUUGUUGGCUGCCUCAUGUACCUGAUGACCUGCACACGACCUGACCUUGCAUACCCUCUCAGCAUUCUCGCACGCUAUGUUGCUCCUGGGAGACACCGACCAGAGCACAUGGCUGCAGCGAAGAGGGUGUUGCGCUACUUGUGCAGUACAUCGGGCAUGGGGCUAGUGCUUGGAGGGCGCAGUCCAGUGGUCCUCACUGGGCACGCGGACGCUUCUUGGGCUGACGACUAG